AUAAGUGAGUCUUGUCUUCUAUAUGCUAAUAUAAUUAGAUCUCGUGUAACUGAUAAAUCUCGACUUAUGCAAGUCUCGUCCUCUGUAAAUUAAGUGGUACAUAAAAUUAGUCAUUUGUAAACUCGUCGUGUAUACAAGCAAUAUUGGAUUCAAGGCCGGGACUCGGACGACUCGUCGUACGAAUUAGUGACAAUUUCGGGUUCAAGUCACGAUGUCUGCAAUAUUGAAUGGUUUAGUGAACUGUACACUCGGUUUGAUAUGCGAAAAACUACGAGAUUAUACGGCAGACAAACUAAACGAAGGCGACCUUAACGAUGAAGUAUGCCGUCAGAUCAUAGUUCGCGAGAUUGAAGAUAUCAAAACAAAACUAGACGGGAUAUCGAGAAAGGAUCUUCUAGCCAGUCUCAGCUUUUUCAAAGAAGGAGUUAACAGAUUGUACAUGUCUCUGGAUACAUCUGGUAAAUCGGCCCAGCAUGAAAGAACAUUAGCAAAAGACAAGUGUGAUGUUGACGGUGCAAAAGCAACGAAAAUUAAGCUGGUUCCAGGCGAUGGAGCUGAAAGGGACGCCUUAAAAGCAGCGUUUGAACUUUCUGAAGCUAUGGGGAGCUUGCUAAUCGCUUCAGAGAAACGUUACAAGCUCGCGAACGAGUCUUUGAAAGAAGCAAAGAGAUUGGCAACGGAAGCUUUUAACAACGCAGCGCUGAGCACAGAAGAGAGAAUGAUGGCGAGCAAACUCCGCAUUGCGAGCAGAAUCCUCGAAGGUUUAGACGACCCAGAUGCAGCCGCUCAUGAUUGUUUGCUCUACUUGAAAGAAUUACAGAGUUUGACGGCCGUACAAGCGAUGUUUUUUGUAUGGUUAGACGCUGGCAAAGGAAUUAGAUCUCGGUUACGAGCGGGCGUUUACAAGAAGAAAAGAAAUGGCAUUGUGAAUUCAAUACAAAUGAUGAACGAGUUGUUGUAUGAUCUUGUCGCAAGGUUUACAAAUAUAAAAAUGGGUCUAUUUAACUGGCCUAUGAUUGAGAACGGUAGAGAAUUUUAUCAUCCAUUAUUGGAUGACCUCGAACUGAAGGCUAAACUUGAUGAAACUCAAGCGCUUGCUCCUUGGUACUCAAAGUUUGACAAGGUUUUUAGAUCCACCCGUGCAUUAAGCAGCAAAGGAGAAAUCUUAUCAAAAGCCAUCGAUAACAACACUAACGGUGUCAUUGUCACGAGAAGAAGUGGCGAAGAAGAUUUGAUUUGCGAAAUUUCAUCUGAAAACGAAGACGGCACCAAAAAUGUCAUGGUAUCCUUUUCUGUGGAUGAAAACGACAACGUGCAUUUUCUCCUGGAAAUAAGGUCGCGCUUUCUAAACGAUUCAUGUCGAUACAAAUUAUUAACUUUGGAUUUAAAUGGCAAAGUGAAAGGGGAAAAAUUUCUUCAAUUAAUCGACACAAAGCUAUUUCACAUUCAUAUGAGGGUCACCAAAAAUGGCAUGUUCGUUCUCGUCUAUUGCGAGUACCAGGAAACUAUGUACAUUUGUGAUACCACAAACAUCAGACAAGACAGUAAAUUUCUUUUACCAUUCAAAAAUGCAAGACCUGACGGAUUCAACGAUCAAUGCAGCUUUACCGUUUCGAAUAAAAAUGAAAUCAUUUUUGCUUUUUGGAAAAACGGCGUCGACAAAAUUUUUCUGUACAUGCUCACAAUGGACGGCAAGGUAAAACGCUCACUUCAGCUAGAAGCAACAUUGAACCGAGGGGACUGGACCCAUUUCACGCUCAUUUUUAAUUACGUCAACGAAACAAUUCUGGUGAGUUUGUUAAAGGGAAAUAGAUUUCAAAAGGUCUAUUCUAUUGCUAUUUUUAUUUUAUCAACCGUUGGUGAAUUACUCAAUCGGUUUGACAUACCUGGUGGACAUACACAUCUGUUCCCAAAAAGAGAUUUAAUUUUGAUUUCACAUCCUAACGGACCCAUCGCUUUGGUCAAGGACGACAAAGUCAUUAUGCUUCAAAUGUAACAAUGUCAAAUCCUCAAACUUUAAACGGUCAAUUUGCAUGAUUUAAUGUUGGAUAAUAAGGAGAUUUCAAAUCUGUUUACAGAAUUUGGCUUACUCUUUUAGUUACUUAGAUAUGUAAUUUUUCAAAUAAAACUGCGCUUUUGAACGUGAAGACCAAUAUCAAAGUUCACGUCUUUUGAAGAAAGAAAGUUAGCUUAUCAUCGCAUUAUACCAUAGUGUAACAUUUUUUGGGACACUGAGUUAUUAAUAAACUCCCGUGUGUAAGAAGAUAAAGCUAGCAUUAUAUUAUGAUAUUAAAAUGUCUUUUUCACAGUUAUACUUCAGCUGCCGCAUAAA